GUAGCUUCGAUGAGAAUUUUCAAACUUGUGGCUUCAAAAGAUAUUUCUUCCUGCUUUAUUGAAUAAAUUCGUCAUUUCAUCAGGCACUCACCAUCUACCAACAUGGUCAGAAUUUUGAGAGUGAUGAACACCUGUGCCACAACUGUAUUACUGCUGAUGAUCCUUCUGGUACUUCUUUAUUCCAAUAAGCAACAAAACAUCUCAACACCUCAAUCUAGUGCCAACCUUGUCUGGAUACCUUCAUUUUUACACAAAACUUUCCCAUUGUCAAAUUGGCAAUUGGAAAAGAAGAGGGUGUCACAAAACCUAACAGCAAGAUGUGAACAAAACACAAUGUUUGAAAAUGUCUCUGGCUUUGAGUCCCUUUCCCCUAUGUUUCAAGACUUCCUUUACUAUCGUCACUGUCGCAGUUUCCCCAUAAUUCUGGACCUUCCUGACAAAUGUCAAGGAGAUGAUGAGCCUGAGGACGUCUUUCUUUUGCUUGUAAUUAAAAGUUCCCCACAGAACUACGAGCGAAGAGAGGUUCUGCGCAAGACCUGGGCUGCUGAGAGGUCCUAUAAGGGAAAAGUGAUUCGAAGAAUCUUUAUUAUCGGAACUGGCGGUUCAGGUUUCGAGGAGGAGAAAUUGAACAAACUUGUCAUGUGGGAGCACCAACAUUACAAUGACAUCCUCCAAUGGGAUUUUAAGGAUUCCUUUUUCAACCUCACUUUGAAGCAGAUACUCUUCCUUGAGUGGAUGGACAGAAGUUGUCCACAGGCUCGAUUUCUGCUGAAUGGUGAUGAUGAUGUUUUUGCCCACACUGACAACAUGGUUGAAUAUCUUCAAAGUCUUAAAGAUAAUAAUGGAAGGAAGCACCUUUUUACUGGACAUCUGUUGCAAAAUGCAAUGCCUAAAAGAGACCCAAAUAAUAAGUACUUCAUUCCCACACAGGUGUAUGACAAGAAUUUUUACCCACCCUACUGUGGAGGUGGGGGAUACCUUCUGUCAGGCUAUACAGCUUUGGUCAUUUACAAAAUAUCUGCAUCGGUCCAAAUUAUUCCUAUUGAUGAUGUCUACAUGGGAAUGUGUUUGGUUGUAGCGAAACUUAAACCUGAUUCUCACAUGGGUGUGCAAACACUACAAUGGCACAUUCCCUCCAGGCAAGUUGAUAAAAAUGACCCCUGUUACCUUAAAGAUUUUCUUUUGCUUCACAAAUUCUUGCCCAGUGAUCUAUUUUUCUUGUGGCAGGAAGUACGCAACCCAAAACUCAUAUGUAGUGCUAAAGCAUGAUAAACAGUAGAGUCAAAAUAAACUCAAAUGAACUGUCUGAACAAGACAU